CUCCCCCAGAUCUCCUCUCACCUCCCCUCCCUCCGUGGCUCCGUUAGGCCUCGCCCAGCUCCGCCUUUCCCAGUACCUCCCCCGCGUCCCAAGAUGGCUACGGUGCCGCCGGGCCCGGAGCCGUGGAACCGCGUAAAGAUCCCGAAGGCGGGGAGCCACAGCACAGUGACGGUACAGGACCCCGAGGCGGCGCUGGACCUUUGUGUUGCAGCUGUAAUUAGAGAAUGUGGUCUUGUUACACUGUCACUGAAGAGCCAAACCCUGGAUGCAGAAACAGAUGUGCUAUGUGCAGUCCUUUACAGCAAUCACUACAGGAUGGGCCACCACAAGCCCCAUUUAGCCCUCAAACAGGUUGAACAAUGUUUAAAACGUUUGAAAAACAUGGAUUUGGAGGGUUCAAUUCAACAUAUGUCUGAGUUGUUUUCUUCCAAUGAAAAUCAUCGUGUAACUACCGAAGCAUAUGUCAUCCCUAGCCAACCAGUGGUUGAAUUGGUGCUCAUGAAGAUUUUGGGAGCCUGCAAGUUGUUACUUCGCCUCUUGGACUGUUGCUGCAAGACAUUUCUCUUGACUGUGAAACAUCUAGGUUUACAAGAAUUCAUUAUUUUAAACCUUGUGAUGGUUGGGCUGGUGAGCAGGUUAUGGGUUCUCUAUAAAGGUGUUUUAAAAAGGCUGACUUCUUUAUAUGAGCCAUUGUUUGGAUUGCUUCAUGAAGUCUCUAGGAUUCAACCACUGCCUUACUUCAAAGAUUUUACCUUUCCUUCUGAUAUUGCCGAAUUUUUAGGACAGCCCUAUUUUGAGGUCUUUAAGAAAAAAAUGCCCACAGCUUUUGCAGCUAAAGGAGUAACUAAAUUGUUAAAUAAACUGUUUUUAACAAAAAAUCAAUCACCAAGGUCUAGCAAAGAAACUGUACACAGAAUUUCCAAAAAAGCUAAGCAAAUGAAGAUCAAUAUACAGAAUAACGUGGAUCUUGGACAGCCAGUAAAGAGUAAGAAAAUCUUCAAAGAGAAGUCAUCAGAAUUUGAUUUGAGAGCUUUCUGCAAACAGCUGAAGCACAAGGCUAUUCAGGAGACCAGCGUUAAAUGUUCUCAGUCCAAACUAAAGGCAACCAAACAUUCUUCUCAGAGAGCAUCAGGAACUCCCUGUGCCAAAAGUUUUGUGCAAAGAUUUCGAGGGGCUAAGACUUUCACUCAACUUUCUGAAGAAAUCCAAAUGGCAAUUUUGUGGUGCAGGAGCAAAAAACUCAAGGCUCAGGCCUCCUUCCUGGGUAACAAACUUCUUAAAAGUAACCGGCUUAAACAUGUGGAAGCUCAAGGCCAUAGUUUACCAAAGAAACUAAAGUGCAUAAAAGCAUCUAUUUGCAACUGCCUUCUUCGUGGCUCAGGAAUCAAGACUUCAAAGCAUCAUUUGAGACAAAGAAGAUCUCAGAGUAGAUUUUUACUGGGACAGAAGAGACUGCAGAGAAAGUUGCAGUUGACUCUUUCAAAGGAAAUUCAACAGUCCCCUCAAGGGGUGCAGAAUGCUACAGAUAGCAGAAAAUGGAAACGCUCACACUGUUCAGUUCAUAGAACUGAUCUCUACCCCAACAAUAAGCAACUCUUGAGGAGCAGAGUUUCAAAUCCUGUCAUACAAACUAAAGAGAAACAAAUUCAUGAAAACCUUACAGGAAACAAUGAAAAUGAAACUAAUUCAUGGACAGUGAUGCAAAUGAACAAACAUAAUACAUCAGGAACCAUUAAGGAGACAGAUGACAUUGAUGAUAUUUUUGCCUUAAUGGGUGUUUAAAUGCUCAUAUAUGAGACAUUUAAGUGCUUAACAAACUGGUCCAGUGUUCUGUUUUACGUGGAACUUGCUGAGUUCUGGAAAGAUUUGGAAAUACUACUUGGACUCAGGAGCUUAUUUAGUGUAACGCUGUACAGCAGUAAUGUCAGUUCAAUAAAUAUUUAUAGUA